CGAAAACGGAAGAGCUCCUAACGUGACAAAGCUUACGGGACUGAGCGGAAGUCUUAGUUCACUCCCCAAGCGGAGAGGAUCCUGGGGCCCGGAAGGAGGUGGAAUCUAUAGCCGACCUGUUUGCCUGUACACUCGCCUGGGAGGAGAGCGCGUGGCUGUUCAAAGAGGCGUGUUACUGGAGCGCGUGGCUCGUGCGCUGAGGUCAGAGGUGGCCAAAAGCCCGACGUCUGUGUAGAACUUGAGACCGUGAGUUAUGGUGGGGAGAUCGCGGCGGCGCGGAGCGGCCAAGUGGGCAGCUAUGCGAGCCAAGGCAGGUCCCGGCCCAGCGGACGAAAAUGAAGACGAUUUAGAAUUGCCACCGUCGCCAGGGGACUCCAGCUACUAUCAAGAUAAGGUAGAUGAUUUCCAUGAGGCCCGAUCUCGGGCCGUCUUGUCUAAAGGCUGGAGCGAAAUGGAGAGUGGGGACGAGGAGGAGGAUGGCGAUGAGGAGGAGGAGGUUCUAGCCCUAGAUAUUGCUGAUGAGGACGAUGAAGAUGGAGAGAGUGCGGAGGAGGAGGAAGAUGAUGAUGAUGAUGAUGAUGAUGGUGGGAGCUCCGUGCAGAGUGAGGCCGAGGCAUCUGUGGAUCCCAGUUUGUCGUGGGGUCAGAGGAAAAAACUUUACUAUGACACAGACUACGGUUCCAAGCCCCGAAACCGACAAAGUCAACAAGAAGUAGAGGAGGAGGAAAGAGAGGAGGAAGAAGAAGCACAGCUCAUACAGCGGCGCCUUGCCCAAGGCCUGCAAGAGGAUGAUUUUGGGGUGACCUGGGUAGAGGCCUUUGCAAAACCUGUACGUCAAGUAGAUGAGGCUGAGACCCGGGUCGUGAAGGAUCUGGCGAAAGUUUCAGUGAAAGAGAAGCUGAAGAUGCUGCGGAAAGAAUCACCAGAGCUCUUGGAACUGAUAGAAGACCUGAAAGUUAAGUUGACAGAGGUGAAGGAUGAGCUGGAGCCAUUGCUACAGUUGGUGGAGCAAGGGAUCAUUCCAUCUGGAAAAGGAAGCCAAUACCUGAGGACCAAGUACAAUCUCUAUUUGAACUACUGCUCCAACAUCAGUUUUUAUUUGAUCCUGAAAGCCAGGAGAGUCCCUGCACAUGGACAUCCUGUCAUAGAAAGGCUUGUUACCUACCGAAAUUUGAUCAACAAGUUGUCGGUUGUAGAUCAGAAGCUGUCUUCUGAAAUUCGUCAUCUACUCACAGUUAAGGAUGAUGCUGGAAAGAAAGAACUGAGUUUAAAAGUAAAAUCCACCAAGGCCAAGCCAAAAUCUGUUUCAGAGACUGCUGCUGCUGCUGCCUCUGCUGUUACAGAUAUUUCUGAUGAUUCUGAUUUUGAUGAAGAAGCUGCACUGAAAUACUAUAGAGAAAUAGAAGACAAGCAAAAGUUGAAGAGAAAGAAAGAAGAAAAUAGCACUGAAGAACAGGCUCUUGAAGAUCAAAAUGCAAAGAGAGCCAUUACUUAUCAGAUUGCUAAAAAUAGGGGACUUACACCUAGGAGAAAGAAGAUUGAUCGGAAUCCUAGAGUCAAACACCGGGAGAAGUUCAGAAGAGCCAAAAUUCGCAGAAGAGGCCAAGUUCGUGAAGUUCGUAGAGAAGAGCAACGUUAUAGUGGUGAACUCUCUGGCAUUCGUGCAGGAGUUAAAAAGAGCAUUAAGCUUAAAUAAAGUUUUCACUUAGCUUAAGUUUUUUGGCAAUAACUUUAGAUCAAUAAAUUUUUAUUUUUAACCGAA